AUGGCCAAAUUUUAUUUUCUUCUCUGUUCUAUACUUGUUCUUUUCGCCAUUUCUGAGGCAAGAAAUGCCCCUUCAAUUGCCACAAUCAAUGAUUCACCGUCCAAUCUUACCAAAAUUUACACAAAGAUUUGUGAUCCACAAAGGUUUAAUGACCUUGGAUUGGACAUGGAUGAUUUUAGCUACUGUGAUUCAUCGUUGUCGUAUGGUGUUCGGGUUAAGGAUUUGAUAGAUAGAAUGACAUUGACGGAAAAGGUGCAGCAGAUUGGGGAUACAGCUUAUGGGGUUCCCCGGAUUGGACUUGCUAAGUAUGAGUGGUGGUCGGAGGCAUUGCACGGUGUCUCCAACGUGGGCCAGUGGAAUAGCAAGGCCACGUUUUUUGAUGACAUUGUCCCUGGUGCAACAAGCUUCCCUUGUCCCAUAACAACAACUGCAUCUUUUAAUCAGACAUUGUGGAAAACCAUUGGCCAGGCUGUGUCGAAUGAAGCAAGAGCUAUGUAUAAUCUAGGACAUGCUGGACUGACAUUCUGGAGUCCAAACAUUAAUGUCGUACGAGAUCCUCGAUGGGGACGAACUAUAGAGACACCCGGUGAAGAUCCAUUCGUUGUUGGAACAUAUGCAGCAAACUAUGUUAGGGGUUUGCAGGAUGUUGAAGGGCAUGAAAGUACUGAUGAUCCUAACUCCAGACCUAUUAAGGUUGCGGCUUGCUGCAAGCAUUAUGCGGCUUAUGAUGUCGAUAGUUGGCUCGGGGUUGAUCGCACCAGUUACGAUGCACUGGUAACUGAACAAGACAUGUUGGAGACAUUCCAAAAACCCUUUGAAAUGUGUGUGAAAGAAGGAGAUGUUAUGAGUGUUAUGUGCUCUUACAAUAACAUCAAUGGCAUUCCAGCUUGCGCCGAUCGAAAGCUUCUGAAGGAUACUCUUAGGGGAGAAUGGGAUCUUCACGGAUACAUAGUUUCGGAUUGCUUGGAUUUGGAUUGCGGGAAUUACUUCACGAAUUAUGCCGACAAGGCAGUAAUACAAGGAAAAAUUAGUGAGAAAGACAUAGAUGAGGCCCUCAAAAACCUUUAUAUUGUGCUAAUGAGACUUGGAUUUUUCGAUGGAAGCUCAAAAUACGAGUCUCUUGGCAAGCAGGAUGUGUGUUCUGAUGAAAACAUUGAACUGGCAACUCAAGCAGCAAGAGAAGGAAUGGUUCUUCUCAAGAACAUUAACGGAACUCUGCCUUUGAACGCAGAAGAGAUUAAAACAAUAGCAGUUGUUGGGCCACAUGCAAAUGCUACCACUGCCAUGAUUGGGAAUUAUGCAGGCAUCCCGUGUAAAUAUACAUCUCCACUUGAUGGCUUCUCAAAAUACGCAGAAGUGAAAUACGCAACGGGCUGCGCAGAUGUAAUGUGCAAGAAUGCGAGCUUGAUAUUCCCAGCAAUGCAAGCAGCAAAGAAUGCACAUGCAACUGUUAUUGUUGCAGGGAUUGAUUUAUCAAUUGAGGCUGAGAGUAGGGAUAGAAUAGAUUUGCUUCUUCCUGGUUACCAAGCUCAGCUAAUCACUCAAGUUGCUCAAGUGGCCAAAGGUCCAGUCAUUCUUGUAAUCAUGUCUGGUGGUGGAGUCGAUAUUUCUUUCGCUAGAGACAGUGAUAAUGUCAAAGGAAUCGUUUGGGCUGGAUACCCCGGUGAAGAAGGAGGUCGAGCCAUUGCAGACGUCAUCUUUGGGAAACACAAUCCUGGUGGAAGAUUACCACUCACAUGGCAUGAAGGAAGUUAUGUUGAUAUGCUACCAAUGACCUCAAUGUCCUUAAGGCCAGUUGACAGCUUAGGGUACCCUGGAAGAACAUACAAAUUCUUCAAUGGCUCCACAGUUUUUCCCUUCGGAUCCGGCUUAAGCUACACCACAUUUGCCUACUCACUAACAUCUGCUGACAAAAAUUUGAACAUACAAUUGAACAAGUUCCAGCACUGUCGGGACCUUAACUACACUGAUGACACUUUCAAGCCCCCAUGUCCAGCAAUCCUAACAUCAGACUUACAAUGCGACGACAACAACCUCGUGUUCGAGGUCAAGGUGUCGAAUACUGGAACAGUCGACGGAAGUGAAGUUGUAAUGGUGUACUGGGUCCCACCAAAGGGAAUUGUAGAGGGUCCCAUUAAGCAAGUGAUUGGGUUCCAAAAAGUUUUCCUGCCUGCAGGAGGAAGCCAAAAGGUGAAGUUUCAGUUGAAUGCAUGCAAGAGUUUUGGGCUUGUUAACUACAGAGGAUACCAUUUGUUACCAUCUGGUGGACACAGUAUCAUGAUUGGAGAUAAUUUGCUGUCAUUCGCAGUCGGUGUCAAGUUUCAACUAGCUUAA